UCGAUGAUGAGGGAAAAGAACAGCACAGUUGUGAAAUUCAUUCUAUUAGGAUUCUCUGAGUUUCCAAAGUUGACCAUUGCUCUCUUCUCAAUAUUCUUAGGGAUCUGUCUCAUGACACUAUCCUGGAACAUGUGCCUCAUCACUCUCAUCAAAUUGGACACCCAUCUACACACACCUAUGUACUUUUUCCUCAGCAACCUCUCCUUUCUGGACAUCUGCUAUGUUUCCACUAUUACCCCCAGGAUGCUUCUAGACUUCUUCAGGAAGUACAAAUCCAUCUCCUUUGUGGGGUGUACCAUGCAGUACUUCUUCUCAAGCCUGGGUCUGGCAGAGUGCUGUCUUCUGGCAGCCAUGGCUUAUGACCGCUAUGCUGCCAUUUGUAAUCCUCUGCUCUACACAGCCAUCAUGUCCCCUUCCCUCUGUGUGCAGAUGGUGGCAGGGUGUUGUAUCAGUGGAUUCUUUGGCUCAUUUAUCCAACUGUGUGCCUUGCUUCAGCUUCAUUUCUGUGGGCCAAAUGUCAUCAACCAUUUCUUCUGUGACCUGCCCCAGCUUCUGACCCUCUCUUGCUCUGAUACCCUUUUCUUUAAAGUCAUGGACCCUGUGCUCACAAUGAUCUUUGGACUUACAUCUGUCUUGGUUAUCAUGGUGUCCUAUGGUUACAUCAUUGUUACCAUUCUUAAGAUCACAUCAGCUGAGGGUAGAUCAAAGGCCUUCAACACCUGUGCUUCUCAUCUGACAACAGUGACCCUUUUCUUUGGCUCAGGUAUCUUUAUAUAUAUGUAUCCUAACUCAGAAGAUUACGUGAGUCAAAACAAGUUGACAUCCAUCUUAUAUAUCGUUAUAAUCCCUAUGCUAAACCCAUUGAUCUACAGCCUGAGGAACAAAGAAAUAAAAGAUUCUCUAAACAGAUGGAAUAAGAAGCUCUUUUCCUGA